UCUUCUUCUUCUUCUGCUCGCAGUUGCAGCCCCGCUCGCCAAAGCCGAGCACGCCCAUGUCGCCGCCGCCGCCGCCGCGAGAUUGAACGCCGUCUAGAGGCCGUCGAUGGCGAAUCCGAGGAGGCCGUCGUACUCCGCGGCGGCCGGCCCGGCCAUCAGCCUGGAGAGCGGGCAGGGCGGCGCCGCCGCGCAGGCCCCGAGGGGCGCCUUCUCGUCAUCGGCCCUCGUCCACUUCCUCAAGAAGCCCCACGCCUUCCCCUUCCUCCUCUCCGCCUUCCUGCUCCUCACCUGGAUCUCCCUCCGCCUCCAGAGCCGCCCUUCCGCCUCCGCCGCCGCGCGGUUCUCUUCCAACCGCGACAGGGAGCGGAGCAGGGAGGAGGACGACCGCAAGGCCAAUCUCGUCAGGUUCCCCCUCGGUUCCUUCAGCGAUAAGCGCGGGUGGCUCCUCGACCCCACCUCCGUCGCGCUCGAUUCCGGCAUUCGAGGGGGAGCUGUGACCUGUGCUUCGAUCCAUGUUGGCGAAAUCCGCCCUGGCGGUGUGAGGGGGAAUCAUAGGCAUCACACUUGUAACGAGACGUUCGUCAUUUGGGGUGCUAAGACCAAAUUCAGGAAGAAUAGGUUAGAAGAAAUAGAAUCCGAGGGCUGGUUCAAGUUAAUUGGGGCAGAGCGAUGCAGAGUCAGUGGCUCUGAAAUACCUGUGGGUUUUCUACAGGGUGCCCCCAGCUCCACGCCCUCAACAUCAAGAAAAGUCAAUGGCAUCAUAGUACGGGUUUUGUGCUCUAUCAAUGGGUGUUCCUGGAAAUUGGAGCUUUUCAGGGUUUUUCUGAAAGCUUCUCUAUCCUCUCUCCUCCAUUGGUUUUCUCUUCACAAAUCCGCCUCCAAAUGCCAUCACAUAUCUCAAUCCUGUUUUGUCUAUCUGUCAAAAGAAUGAAACGCUGGCUGCAGAUGGUGUGUGUGUGUGUGUGAGAGAGAGAGAGAGAGAGAGAGAGAGAGAGAGAGGCUAAAAGAAAUGGAAUUCGAGGGCUGGUGCAAGUUAAUUGGGGCAGAGCGAUGCGGAAACAGUGGCUCUGAAACACCUGUGGGUUUUCUACAGGGUGCCCACAGCUCCACGCCCUCAACAUCAAGAAAAAUCAAUGGCAUCAUAGUACGGAUUUUGUGCUCAAUCAAUGGGUGUUCCUGGAAAUUGGAGCUUUUCAGGGUUUCUCUGAAAGCUUCUCUAUCCUCUCUCCCCCAUUGGUUUUCUCUUCACAUAUCCGCCUCCAAAUGCCAUCACAUAUCUCAAUCCUGUUUUAUCUAUCUGUAAAAAGAAUAAAAUGCUGGCUGCAGUUGGUGUGUGUGUGUGUGUGUGUGUGUGUGAGAGAGAGAGAGAGAGAGAGAGAGAGAGAGAGA